GCGCCCGACGCGGAGGCGCCGGCCCGCCGCCGCCGCCCCCGCCCGCUCUACCGCCGGCUCUUCCACUACGCCCGCACCGCAUGGACCGGGGUCAAAUUUGCCCUAGGUCUCACUACGCAGUCAGAAAACUCCGAACUCGAGGAGUUGGGUGAGCAGCUACCACGAUACCGGCCCGACUCCAUCGCGGCGCUGCGCAAGGCCACGCGGUUCAGCGAGCCGGAACUCAAGAGGCUGUACCGGGGGUUCAAGGCCGAGUGCCCCACUGGGGUCGUGAAAGAGGAGACCUUCAAGAUCAUAUACUCGCAGUUCUUCCCGCAAGGAGCCAACACGGCACAGUAUGCACACUAUGUAUUCAAUACCUUAGACCAAGAUAGAAGUGGACUUCUGAGUUUUGAGGAGUUCGUCACCGGCUUAUCAAUAUUAUCGAGGGGGACUCUAGAAGAGAAAUUGAAAUGGACGUUCACAUUAUACGACAUAAACGGAGAUGGUUACAUAACUAAAGAGGAGAUGACUGAAAUAGUGACGGCGAUCUACGACCUCAUGGGCAAGAUCGUUGAGCCCAUGGUCGAUGAUGAGGUAGUCAGAGAAAAGGUGGAGAGGUUGUUUCAGAAAAUGGACCUCAACCGGGACGGCGUGCUGACACUAGAAGAGUUUCUGGACUGCUGUCUCCGGGACGACGAGAUCACUCGGUCCAUGGGAGUCUUCGACAGUAACUUCUGACGGCCUGCGGCGCGGCGCGCUAAGAGACGCGCUUUUAACCCUACUUAUUUCUGUUGAGUUUGUUUUUUAUUAGUCCAACUAUUUGUUAUACACGCAGAUGUAAGUUUACGAUCUAACUGUAGAACAAUUCGCCCAUGACUAUUAACAAUGCCAGAUGUGAAAAACGACAACUUU